AUGGCACCUGUUAUUGGUAGUGAUUCCGAGGAAGAAGCGAUUGUUGGAGUGAGCAGUAAGAAGCAUGUUCGGAUCAAGACAUUGAGGGAAUCUGAAGAAGAAGAAGAAGAAGAAGAGGAUGAGGAAGAAGAGGAUGAGGACGAGGACGACAGGGUUAAUUCUGAGUUCAAGAAGCGGCACGGUACUGGUGGUCAGCCAAGGGGCCAGACGCCAAGCCAGAUUGUGGAGGCGAGGAGACUGUUGAAGGAGAAGAAGCUGAACAAGAAGAAGAGACUGGACAAGAAGAAGAUGAAGAAGAAGAAGAAGCUUUCUAAUGCGAACUUGCAAGGUGCGAAUGGUGGGUAUGCGUGGGAAGACGAUAUCCAGCGGAGUUGGGAUCUUGUGAAGGUUGAUGAAGAAGGGAACAUUGCAGCGUUAGUUGCUAGUAUAGUGGAGGCUCGAAAGAAGCGAGCAGCGGAGAAGACGGUGACGCCGUACCAGCGAGGGAUCAUCCGUACGUUGGUGCUUGUUUUAGAUUGUAGCGAGGCGAUGAUGGAGAAAGAUUUGCGUCCUACACGGUAUGCGAUGACGGUGCAGUAUGCGAUUGAUUUUAUCCACGAGUACUUUGACCAGAAUCCGAUUUCGCAGCUUGGGAUAGUGGUGAUGAAGAAUGGGUUAGCGCAUUUGAUAUCGCAGGUGAGUGGUAAUCCGCAGGAGCACAUUGAUGCGUUGAAACAGUUGCGUAAGGAGGAUUCGCAGGGGAACGCUUCUUUGCAGAAUGCGCUUGAGAUGGCUCGUGGGUUGCUGUUGCACGUUCCAGCGCAUUGUACGCGAGAAGUGUUGAUAGUUUUUGGGUCACUUUCUACCACUGACCCUGGGGACAUUCAUCAGACGAUAGCGUCGUUGGUUCAUGAGAACAUUCGUGCGAAGGUGAUUGGUCUUAGUGCGCAAGUUGCUGUUUGCAAAGAGUUGUGCAAGCAGACGAAUUACGGGGACGGGUCGUACUACGAGGUGAUAUUGAACGACCAUCAUUUCAAGGAGUUGCUUACCGGGUGUGUGACGCCGUUGCCCGUUAGUAAAGUGAACAAAGGGUUUACGUUGGUGAAGAUGGGGUUUCCUACGCGGGUGUUUGAGGAGACGCCUUCAUUUUGUGCGUGCCACUCGCGGUUGGUGCACGGUGGGUACGUGUGUCCGAAUUGCAACACGAAGGUGUGUUCGCUUCCGACGGUGUGUCCGAGCUGCGACUUGAUGCUUAUUCUUUCGACGCACUUGGCGCGGUCGUACCAUCAUUUGAUGCCGUUGAAGACGUUCCAGGAGGUGCCAGUGCCAGCCACCCCACCAGCCGCGCCAGCGGGUGGUGGGGGUGCUGCUGCUACUACUACAGGUACUACUACAAUUACUACAGGUAAAACUACAGGUAAAACUGACGCUGACGCUGGUAAUACCACCGCCAGUGGUACAAGUACCACUGUCAGUGGCACUGACAGUGUCACCUUCCCCACGAGCCACUGUUUCGGGUGUCAGCGUCGGUUCCCGGUGCUUCGUAACAACAAGACGGGCGAGUUGUUGACGAGCAGCCGGUACCGGUGCGAGGAGUGCACGCGGGACUUUUGCAUCGACUGCGACGUGUUCAUCCAUGAGUCGUUGCACAACUGUCCGGGGUGCGAGGCGAGGCCGAUGUGA